AUGAUUGUUGCUGGUUUUACUAGUCCACUUCGUGGCUGGUGGGACAACUGCUUAUAUAAUGAAAAGAGAAAUGCUAUUUUCGAAGCUAGGAAUUCCCUAGAUGGAAUUUAUAACCUAGGAAGAGCAUUACCUAUGGAUAGAGAAGAUGUUGUUUAUACUCUUAUGCUUACCAUUAUUGAACAUUAUGGAGGUAGAUUUACCAACCAAUAUGAAAAUACUCGAACACUCUUGAACGGUCUUAGAUGUAGGACCUUAGGAGAAUUCAGAUGGAGUAAAGAUACGUUUCUAAGAAGGGUCAUGGACUUAUCCGAAAAUAAGUAUACACAUUGGAAGGCGAAGUUCAUAGACGGUCUUUCUCCUCUUUUUACUGAAAGGGUUAGAAAAGAGCUUCGGGGCUCAAGUUUCAAUGGUGAAAUUUCCUAUGAGAAUUUUACCUAUGGUCAGCUGAUAGCGGUCCGUACUCAACAAGGUUUAGCUUUGUGCAACGAGAAAAAGAGACCUAGACAUAGGUCCAAGGAAGAGCGUGAGACUCGAAAAAUCCAUCGUAAGUCUGCUAGAUUUACGAAGAAUAGGUCUAAGUAUGAUCUCGCCAAGAUUAAGUGUUACAGAUGUGGUAACCUAGGGCAUAUUGCUCCUAACUGCAAGCUCCAAAAGCUUAAGUCUUUGGGUCUUGCUGAUGAUAUUCAUGAUCAAGUUUAUUAUUUGUUAUAUACUUCUGGUUUUAUGUCUGAUUAUAAUUGUGAUUUUGACUCUGAAAAUAAUAUUGAAUUGCCUAAUUCAUCUGAUAGCGAUUAUGAUAACAUUUAUGCUGAUUGCAAUGGUGAUAUAUAUGCUGAUCACCCCAAUGCUUUUUGGAAUCGUUGA